UAGCACGUUACGUCACACUUUAAGAAAAUGAAAUUAAAAUGAAAAAAAAUAAAAGAAAAAGUCCAUAACCAAAAAAAAAAAAAAACAAACCUAUGCGCAUUGCGCACCUCUCUUCCUCUUCCUACCGUUCUUUCAUAUUAUCAGUAAGAAGAACAACAACAAACUACCAAUACCAUUACCAAUACGUUUCUUCUUCCAUUUCAAACCUCUCUACCUCCAAACCCCUCCAACAACUACGACUACCACUCUCUCUCUCGUCUUUGCGAUUGCAACGACGUGUCGUUUCUACCUCCAUGGCAUCAGAUGACGUAACCACUUUACCUGCCGACGACGACAAGUACGGCUUCACUCGCUCCGAGAUGUACCAGACAAACCUUGCUGGUACCGUUGACGCCUAUGACCGCCACGUCUUUCUUUGUCAUAAGAACCCCGAGGACUGGGCCUCUCGUGUCGAGGAUUCUGCGUCCGAUCCGCUUCCCAAGCUCCUAUUCUCGGCUCUCAAAGCUAGGAAGAACGAUAUUGCUCUUAAGACGAAGUUGACGAUCUGUGAGGGACGCGAUGGGACCGAGUUUUCAGAUGGAGAUGUGCUGAUCUUUCCUGAAAUGGUCAAAUACAGGUCUUUGAAGGAUUCAGAUGUGGAUAGCUUUGUGGAAGAUGUCCUUGUUAAUGGCCAGACGUGGACAACAGGAGUGCAGGAGGUCUUAAAUGGAUCAUAUGUGUUUGUUUGCGCUCAUGGAAAUCGAGAUAAAAGAUGUGGUGUAUGUGGACCUGUUCUUAUUGAAAAGUUCAAGGAGGAGGUUGAGUCGAGGGGGCUUACCGAUCAGGUCAUUGUUAGUGCAUGCUCUCACAUUGGAGGUCAUAAAUAUGCUGGGAACUUGAUCAUCUACAGUCCAGGUGUUGAUGCAAAGAUAACUGGUCAUUGGUAUGGCUAUGUCACUCCUGCGGAUGUGCCUGAAUUGCUUGAUCAACAUAUUGCAAAAGGCGAGAUUAUAGAACGACUUUGGAGGGGUCAAAUGGGGGUGUCUGCUGAGGAAGGUGAAAAAGCGAAAGACCAGAAGAUUCCAAAUGGAGUUGAAGUUGAGUCAGUUGACAAAAUCAAGGAGAAAGAAAGUGAAACUCAAGACAUAAGUACUUCAGGUUGUUGCCAGGGUGCUAAUGGCGGGGUUACUUGUUGCAGAGAUGUAAGUUUGGAACAGAGUGAUAAAAGUGAAGAAAAGAAGGUAGGCGUUUGCAGCAAAGAGGGGUCUAUCUGCAAACUGUCGGGCUGGUUUAGAAAAUUGGAUCAAGCGGACAUGUAUGCUGCCGCGGCUGUGGUCAGUGCAGUAGCAACAGUGGCGGUGGCCUAUGUCUUUUACAAAAGAUCGAACUGAAAUAUACUACUGUUAUCCAUGGCUUCCAGUGUGCUCGCAACACUGUAUCCUGGUUUUUUUGUAGGGAGUUUGGUGGUUCGACAUCAAUAAAAGCAUACUCUUUCAUAACCUUAUGUUAAAGGAGAUAAUUUUAUAAGUUUCUUUGGUUAAAGGUGAUUUUUUUUUUUUACUUUUAAAAAAUGUAUUCAUUAGUCAGCUUGCUUAAUAAUGUGGCAUUAGCAGUGACUUUUACUUUGUUAUUAUUGUCUCAUAAUGUGUAGAUGCUACAAAAUGACCCAUAUAAACUAUAAAGUACUUUCUUUUAGUA